AUGUCCCCGCCAGUUUUGGAUCAUCUUCGCCAUCAGCCGACAAAAGACCCCGCCGAUCACGCAGAAUCCCGAGUUCUUCCAUCACGGGAUAUCACUGACGAGACGAUUGAUGAUGCCUAUGUCUCAUUUAUCUUAUACUGCAAUCCAAAUGUUCCAUCCUCGGUUGACACAUCAGAUCUGCGAAAGACCUUUCGGUGUCUACCGCGGAGUGACGGAAAGAGCUUCAACAUCUUUACCCUAUUCGGGCUCAUUCGAAGGCGGUUGCAAAAUGAAGAGUUGAAGACAUGGAUUCAGUUAGCAAUCGAAUUGGGUGUAGAACCACCCUGUAUUGAAAAGAAACAAAGCACCCAGAAGGUGCAACAGUACACUGUCCGGCUCAAGCGUUGGAUGCGUGCUAUGCACAUUGAUGCUUUCUUUGAAUAUUGUAUGGGCCUGCCCCAUUCUUACUAUACACAACUCCCGCCAUCUGGUCCGUUUGUCAGCGAAUCCCGUGAUGGUGUGUUAUUGGAAGAAGACCUCGCACUCAGGGCGCUUGUGCCACAAUGGAAACCAAAGCGGGGAAGGAAAAGGGUCGAGGAUAGGUACACUGAGGAAGACAAAGCAAUCAAGCGGCCCCAGUUGGAUACAUCUGUUGGUGCCCUACAGCAGGGUAGUUUCCACUCCCACUCGGUGACAUUCCCACCAAGUGCGAUUCCAUUCAGUGCAUUUCCUGAUGAUAUGGAACAAAAUGACCCCUGGAUAGCGGCUACCUCAAUGUUUCCAAAUGGUUCAGGGCCGGAUCAGCAAAGUCAUGAUACACGCUGGAGACUCCCAGAACGGGAUACCUCUCCUACUAAUUACCCGCAGUCCGCCAUCGUUCCACGUAGUCAUCUACCAUCAGAUGUCCUCAUGUCUGCGGAACCACGGUCGGCAGUCACUCCGUCAACCAGUGAAAAGAGCCGUUCUAGGAGACGACACGGGCCUGCAGUAUCAUCUGCUUGGCCGAACAGCAACGGAUUCUCAGCUGGGAAAGGCCGAGGAAGGCCACCAAAUAGAGGGUCAUCAUCUGGUUCUUUUUCUACGUUCCAGGUCAACCCUAAUCGGGAAAUAUUACAGACGCCCAACCCUAAUCGGGAAAUAUCACAGGCGCCUAACCCUAAUGUCCAGCCUCUUUCACUCGCCCAUGACAGAAAUCCGGCCCGAAUGUUUCAGACUCCAUCUCGCAAUCAACCUCCAAUAUCUAUCUCUCAGGGGAGGCCCAAUAAACUUCAAUUGCAGGUUCCUCAACAUUUGGGGGCGCCUGUUCGACUUGCCACUCCGCCAAGACUAGUAGUCAAUGGUGUGAAAGGGGUUGUGAUUUCCGAGUCUGAAGGACCCAUUGGUUCUCGCCAAUAUCCAACUACAGGUGCUCCAAAGACUGGUAUCACUACUCAAACAUCUUCCUUCAGCGGGCAAAGUAAUGCGGUCACUACCCCGAGUCCCUCCAUCGAUGACAUUAUUCAUGCACUUUCUGCAGAGCUUCUACGUGCUAGGCUAACAGGGCGGACAGCGACCCUCGUGCCCGACGAGGCGGGUGCCCUGGCUUCGGCGAUGGUGAUGAAUUUGUCUUCAUUGUACUCAAGGUUCCAACUUGGAACUCCUUCACUGCUACUUGUCUUUCACCUUGGCCUUGGUCACCAUUUCGGAUUCAUAGGCACUAAUCCAGGGUCUCUUGCUAUCAAGGUUGAACAUGUCAUCUCAAGCAGCGAUGAAAAAAUGGGUGUCCCAACCUCUAAAGAAUCAUUUGCUGAGAUUCAAUAUAUCGUCUCCCAUGAGUACAAAACUUCAAACCAGUUUUCGAUGCAAAUCACGCUCACAGAUAUGAAUCCUAGUACAGGAGGUAUGGGUGCGUCUGGCCAUUCAAACGCGAUUCCCGGUCUGAGUCGUGAGAAUAAGGACACCAAUCAACCUGUGAACCUUGAUUUUGAUGAAGAUGAUCCCAGCCAGCCUGUUUCUGAGGCAACAUGGAAGCAGCGUUACGCAAGACUCCGUGCUCAGAUGCAGAAAAAGGACCAGGCUUUGUCACAGUACAAGCGAAAGAUUGUGGAAUCCGUUAUGGCAGACAUAUAA